GAUUUUUUUACAUAGUAUCCAUAGUUUUCUAACAUGUGUAAAGUAUCCUACCUCGCUCUUGGAUUAGUACUUUGUGUGGCGAUUAAUAACGAUGUAUUAGGCAAAAGACACGGACAUGCCGUCAAGAAUAACGGGGGCAAGAUUGUGGGUGGGUACAAUGACACCAUCCAGAACGUUCCGUACAUAGUUUACCUGUUGGUGCUGAUAGGAACUGACUACUACCAGUGCGGCGGGUCCAUCAUCAGCUCGAGGUAUAUCCUGACAGCUGCGCAUUGUCUCACUGGAGUAUCAAGAGUGUACGUCAGAGCAGGUAGUGAUGACUCCGAGAGCGGUGGCAAGAUGUCCUCUACCUCCAUCUACAGGCAGCAUCCUCAAUACAACCCGGCGACAAGUGACUAUGACGUGGCCGUCGUCAGGCUGACCAGAACUCUGACCCUCGACGGAACCACUAUGAAGGCGGUGACGUUACCAGAAGCAGGGCAGGAGGUGCCGGCUGGCACUGAGCUGUUCGUUUCUGGGUGGGGAGAUACUACCGAAAACGGUCAAACCAGCAGAUAUUUGAUGUCGGUGAAGAUACCCACAGUGUCGACAGCAGACUGCCGGCAAGCGUACGGCCAGAACGCGAUCACUGAGAGGAUGAUCUGCGCGGGAGUGCCCGAGGGCGGCAAAGACUCCUGUCAGGGUGAUUCUGGAGGACCAGCAGUGAACGACGCAACCGGACUGCAAGUGGGCGUCGUCUCGUUUGGGACAGGCUGCGCCAGACCUGGUAUUCCAGGAGUAUACACGAAUGUCUCUAGCGUGAGGGGCUGGAUCAAGAGAAAUACUGGCGUUUAGAACAAUUUUUACAGCUGGAAUUGUAAGUGUAAGGUUUCAAAAGGUCAAUACAUCCCAAUAAAAUUCAAGCAGCCUCAGUCAAAUGACAUUAGUAAUUACAGAAUUAAGUUGAUAUAGAGUAGGUAAUUUUUGACCUGACUAACAAUUAGUUUAACACUAUUUUCAUCUGAGACAAGUCGAUUUAAAAAAAAAUACAAAUACAAAGGAAAACUAUCGUAAUAUUAAAUAUUUUAUUCAUAGACAUGUAAAUUAGUAUGUUAAAAUUUACGAUAACUAUGUACAAUGUUGACCUUUAAACUUUACGCUUGGAAAUUAUUUACUUAGAGUUUUGUUAUUUUUAGUCGAUGUAAUUAUAAUAAAGGCACUGUUUACUCCAAAA